CUUAACGAGAAAGUUACUCGUUGUUGCUUAAUAUAGUCAUCUUUGGGGUAUUUAAAAGAUGGGACAUUUCUCAUCGAUGUUCAAUGGAUUAGCUCGAUCGUUUUCGAUAAAGAAAGUGAAGAACAACAAUGGAAAAUGCGAUGCAAAAGAAGCUGCUGAUGAGAUGGCGAACGAGGCGAAGAAGAAAGAACUGAUUCUGAAAUCAUCUGGUUAUGUUAAUGCACAAGGAUCUAAUAAUUUAGCCUCUGUUUUCUCCAAACGCGGCGAAAAAGGCGUUAACCAGGAUUGUGCACUCGUUUGGGAGGGAUUUGGGUGCCAAGAAGAUAUGAUCUUCUGUGGGAUAUUCGAUGGGCAUGGACCAUGGGGUCACUAUGUAGCCAAGCAAGUAAGAAACUCAAUGCCUUCAUCGCUUCUCUGUAACUGGCAAAAGAUUCUUGCCAAGGCCACCCUAGAGCCCGAGCUUGACCUCGAAGGCUCUAAUAAAAAACUCUCAAGAUUCGACAUAUGGAAGCAAUCCUAUCUCAAAACAUGUGCAACGGUUGAUCAAGAGCUUGAACAUCACCGCAAGAUCGAUGCUUACUACAGCGGCACAACAGCUCUAACCAUUGUCAGACAGGGUGAAGUUAUUUAUGUCGCGAAUGUAGGUGAUUCAAGAGCGGUACUAGCCACGGUUUCGGAUGAGGGAAGCUUGGUUGCGGUUCAGCUCACCCUUGAUUUCAAACCGAAUCUACCACAGGAGAAGGAGCGGAUAAUUGGCUGCAAAGGGCGGGUUUUCUGUCUAGAAGAUGAGCCGGGAGUCCACCGUGUGUGGCAACCGGACGCAGAAACACCGGGGCUCGCAAUGUCAAGAGCGUUCGGAGACUACUGCAUCAAAGAGUAUGGAUUGGUCUCAGUCCCUGAAGUCAAUCAAAGACACAUCUCUACUAAAGACCACUUCAUAAUCUUGGCUAGUGAUGGGAUAUGGGAUGUGAUCUCUAACAAAGAGGCUAUAGAGAUCGUCUCCUCGACGGCUGAGCGGCCUAAAGCGGCUAAGCGGUUAGUAGAGCAAGCGGUUCGGGCUUGGAAGAAAAAGAGACGAGGAUUCUCCAUGGACGAUAUGUCUGUGGUCUGCCUUUUCCUCCAUUCUUCUUCAUCGUCAUCUCUAUCACAACAUCAUCAUGCCACGACUUUAAAGUAAAACUUUGCGUUGUAAAUAGCGUUACAGUUGUGACAUUUCAUCUUGAAAUCCGAAAUGUGAUUUUUUGGUCGCAGCCAUCAUGAGUUGAUUUAUCUUCUCAAUGUCUCAUUGUUUACAUAAGUUGAACGGAACAACGAAGUACACCAUAAGAAAAAAAUCAUAAAACGGGAACAUUCUA